AACCACAGCAACACCACUUACUUUUCUUAACUAUAUCCCUCGCCUUUGGGUUCCAUCUGGCCCGACAAGUCUCUAGCUCAAGCCAGAACUCCUUUUGACAAGACAAUCUCGUCCGUAGAAAUGUCAUCCACUCCUCGCAGCGGCAAAUCCUCCUCGACUAACGCGCUGAAGCGCCUCACUCACGAACUUCAAGACCUCCAAUCCUCCCCCAAUGAAGCAGUCCUUCACCUCGGGCCCGUCAACGAGGAAGAUUUAUUCCAAUGGGAAGCUGUUCUAAAAGGCCCUCGAGACCCGGCGUCUCCAUACCACGGCGGCCUAUGGCUUCUCUCCAUUACCGUUCCGCCAACCUACCCAUUCGCCCCUCCCAAAGUCCAAUUCAUCACACCUAUAUGCCAUCCGAACGUGCAUUUCUCCACGGGGGAGAUCUGCCUGACACUCCUGAGUGGUGAGCACUGGGCACCGUCGUAUACGCUGAGCACAACCAUGGGCGCCAUUCAACAGCUCCUCGUUUCUCCGGGACUGGACAGUCCUUUGAACGUCGAUAUCGCAAAUUUGUACAGAGAAAAUGACGCCAUUGGCGCCGAGAGCUUGGUGAGGUUUUGGACGGGCGCGAAGAGGUGGGCUGGUGAGGGUAAAGGUGGAUGGCUAAGUGAGAGACGGAGAGGGACGGGAGGGAAGUUGGGGGAGUAGGAAACAUGCUAUGAGCUGGUCUGACGUUGCUUUUGGUGUUCUACGAAGGCUCAAAUCGGUUUUUGAGAGGCAAAUUUGGUCUGUGUGUCUUUGGCGCUUUAGUAGUGAGGAUGUCUACGUUCACUCUCCAAGCGAAGGAGUAAAGCGCAGCGAGGUACAACGCGGAGUAUAUGGGUCCGAUCCGGGAAUCAACGAGUUCAAUCUCUAGAUGGGCUUCGAAUUCGCGUCAGAUCAGAUCAGCGGCUUUCAAAGCAGUUGGGAGGAACCAAAGGUCGGCAUGGGCUAUUGUGAUGUGAAAUGGGAGACGUCGAGAUGCACGAAAUCAGUCACUGCCUGCUGGCCAUUGAUGAUUUAGAGGAUUCUGAAGGACUUGUUCCCUUCAACAGUGAGGCGAGUUUGUCCGAGCUCUGGGCACUCUGCAAUGUUGGUACGCAAUGUAAUUUGAAAACAUGUCCAGCAAACAAAAAGUCCCAAAUUG